CAACAUCAUUUCCACCACCUCAACCACCCACCUAGAGAAAACAUCUUCCUUGUCAGUAGUACUGUAGUAUAAGAGAAGACAAGGUCUUGUCGAGCUGGGGAAGAAGAAGAAGAAUUUGGGAAUCCGGGAGAUGACCAGUGGAAAAGAGUGGGUGCUUUAAUACAAGCAUUGAGUUGAUGAUGAUGAUGAGUCAAGGAGCAGGAUUUGGAGGCCCGAGGUGCCAAGACUGUGGGAACCAAGCCAAGAAAAAUUGUGCUUACAUGAGGUGCAGGACUUGUUGUAGGAGCAAAGGAUUUGAAUGCCAAACUCACGUCAAAAGCACUUGGGUUCCUGCCUAUCGAAGGCGUCAGAGGCACCAACAGCUGUCUUCAGUUCCUCAACAGCACCACCUCUCCGUACACAACCCUAAAAGGCUUAGGGAAAAUCCUUCCUCAACAGGGUUAGAACUCGGAAAUUUGCCGGCUGAAUUGACUUCUCCGGCCACAUUUCGUUGUGUUCGAGUGAGCUCCAUUGACGACGCAGCUGAUCAGUAUGCUUACCAGACGAUUGUGAAUAUUGAAGGGCAUGUGUUUAAGGGUAUUCUCUAUGAUCAAGGCCCUGCAGAAGGUCACCAUCACACAGUAGGCGAAUGCUCCUCUCGAGGGACACACCAGCCAAAUCAAAUCAAUGCUGCUGCUCUAACAACGGCUACCAUGACAACUUCAACUACUUCGGUUGCUGCAGAAACUCUUCUGCCUUUUGCAUAUGCAUCUCCCUUUAAUGCUUUCAUGUCAGCUGGUACGCAAUUUUUCCUCCACCCAAAAUCUUAG